CUGCUGUGGCAUCCCUCGAGCAGGGUGUGAUGGCCCUGGUGGGGGCUAAAACAAGGUCCUGUUUCUAUUUUCUGAGUGCCAAACCAGUGCUGUAGCCAUUCUGCUGUAUUGCUUACUCAGUAUUUUGUUCUAGGGAGCCUGAAGGUAUGUUGCUGUAGCCGAACAAUGCCUCCUUCGUGAGAUCUGAGAUGCCUGCUCUUGCAAUAUCUGGCUGUGUGAUGUGUGCUGAGCUAGGGACAGAAGUGCUUGUGAGCCCUUACAGUAGCUGAGGGAGCUCUGGCUCCCGAUCCAUGGCUGUGCUCAGCAGGCUCCUGCCGUGGAGUGUGAGGUACAUAGCGCUGUCACAACAAGGGUCUUUCAGCGGGACUUGGCAACUUUUGCACCCAGGACUGUGCAGUCUGAGGGCACAGAGUUUAAGCUGGAGAGAUACUUGAUGAGAGGUCAAGAUGGUUAUUUGCAUUACUGAUGAGAUGAUUAGUAGGUGGUGUUCGUGGCUCUCAUUAGAGACCUGUGGAAGAUUGGUAUUAAACAGAAAAGAUCUCUGUGUCUGUGUGUAAUUUAUGAGGCCUUCUGCUCAAACCUCCAUUCAUACGCUCAAAUGUUCCACACUGGCAGUGGGGAAGAGAAACUGGAAGAUGCUAAUUAUGUCCUGUGCUGUCAAAUAGAAAUAAAGGUGGCCGUGGCAUGUGUUCUGCAGAGGCUUAGAUGCUUCUCCAUGUUGUGGAUCAGCAGUGUACUGCAGGGCCAGUGUAUGAAGAGUGCAGGGCAAUCUGAUUUUCAUAUCCUCUGUUUAGAACUGAAGAUUGGCUUUCUUUAUAUAGAAAUAUCUGUAUUUUUAUAGGUGAAAUCAAAGGGCCAGGCUCUUUGGUCCAAAACUGUUUGUUCUUGGUAUUUGUCACGUGUAUAGCUGACUGACUUAAUCAAAUGGAAUAUGCUUUUUCCCAAACCAGAAAAAUUCCACAAAAAGAAAUGUAUUCCACCUAUUUUUUUACUUUAAAAGCAAAAUACAAAAAGAUCCCUCUUCUCUCCUUCUCUCACCCUCUUUCUUCUAUGUUUCUCUUAGUGGCAAAAUGAGAAAAGUCAAAGCCUGAAGAAAAAGGUUUGGGUGGGCAUUCACACAUGUAUGUAUGGAGGAAAAAAUCAAAAUAUAUGGAUGUUUCUGACUUACCACAGAUAAGCUAGUGAAAAUCAGUGAUUUAUGUAAAUGUACUUCUAUGACAAAGAAGCAUUUAACAACUUGCAAGUUAUUCCACUUUGUAUUCUGUUGGUAGAUAAACACAGGCUUAAUUCUCCACUUACUUGCCCUUUCAUAUCCUUUUCUGACUUACAGAACAGUUGCAUUCAUUUAAAACUAGUCUAGGGUAUUGAAUAGCCAUGUCUGGUUAAUUUUCUUUUAGCUCAUUAGCUUUUUAUUUUUUUUUUUUAAUGUGGCCACAACAGGUGGUGGCAACUCCUAGCUCUGAAGUGCGCAAUGCUCUUCUUUGAGUGUCCUGACCUGCCUGCUGCUUAGCUGUCCCUGGAUCACAGCUCAGGAAGCCUCCCUUCUCCAUUUUGUUCAUGACACACGUGUCUGAGCAAAAACCAGUAAUGGCUUUCACAGGGUCUGAAGUCACAGGUGUGAUAUGAUGCAUACUUUUGAGAUGUAUCAGCUUCCCCCUUGUGUAAAUCAAAUCAAACAGGGUAAGGUGCGGAUCCUGUUUUGUUUCAGCAUGGCUUGCUUAUUCAGUGGAAAGGAUGCGUGCAGUCAUCUAGAUGGAUGAAACCAUCUUUGAGCGUUUCGGUAAUAUCACACAUGACAGAAAUUCUGAGCUUCUCUGUGUGAAAUACAUCUCUUCCAAGAGAGGAGAAUCCUUGACAGUACUUUCAAAACCUAUUAGGAAAUUGUGGGUUAAAUAAUUACUCUAUUUCCACAUUAACGUUUCCGUUUCUUGCCACUUUUCCAAUUGUGGCAAGAUUUGCAGGUAAGAAGCUGAAAAAGAAAAGUAAUAUAAGGGGGCAGUUGGUUUGUUUGGGGUUUUGUUUGUUUUACUUCUUGUCUGCAUCUGACUCCUGGCAGGGUUUUGUGACCUUCAGUGGAUCUCAUCAGUGUUUUCCAUUCAGAGUCCCCCAGGCAGACAGAAACCUACACGGCAGAGCACUGAAAACUCUGAACUGCCCAAAAGGAACAGCAUCUUGCACCAGCUCUUCCUCUUUCCUCCUGUGUUGGUGAACACUGAGGGGCGUUGUUUAAACCAGGGAAAUUGGAGGAAAAAAAAACUCGAGAGACCUAGUGAUGACUGACCUGAAGGUUUCCACUAGGCUGUUUGGUGAAGGCAGUGGGAAGGUGCUUUCUAGCUAAGGAUUGCAAAUUUGUUUCUCCCACCAGGUAACAAGGUACUGAAAGGUUCAGGCCAGAGGUUUUCCUGUGUUCUCCAUAGCCACUGCCCAGUGCUGUCCUGAGGAGAAGCAGUGUCAGGAAGGCAGGUGCUGCCCUGAGGAGAAGUGGUGGGAAGGCUGCUACCCCUUGCCUACGGGGUGUCAGAGUGAGGCUCAUCACAAGGCUUUCCUGUGCUGGCUGCCAUGGAGACCCUGUCCCAGGACUCUCUGCUGGAGUGCCAGAUUUGCUUCAACUACUACAGCCCCCGCCGGCGGCCCAAGCUGCUGGACUGCAAGCACACCUGCUGCUCGGUGUGUCUGCAACAAAUGAGGACCAGCCAGAAGGACCUGCGCUGCCCGUGGUGCCGUGGGAUCACCAAGCUGCCUCCGGGGUACUCUGUGUCACAGCUGCCCGAUGACCCUGAGGUGAUCGCCGUCAUCGCGAUCCCCCACACCUCGGAGCACACCCCUGUCUUCAUCAAACUCCCCAGCAAUGGGUGCUACAUGCUGCCCUUGCCCCUCUCCAAGGAGAGGGCGCUCCUGCCAGGAGACAUUGGCUGCCGCCUCCUGCCUGGCAGCCAGCAGAAGUCCCUGACGGUGGUGACGAUCCCCACAGAGCAGCAGCCGCUGCAGAGCGGCCUUUCCGCCGAGGUGGGAGCAGAGGAGCCGGACCGGAGAGGUGCUGUGAAAAGCUCCACCUGGUCUGGGGUGUGCACUGUGAUCCUGGUGGCCUGCGUCCUGGUCUUUCUCCUGGGCAUCGUCCUCCACAACAUGUCAUGCAUUUCCAAGCGCUUCACAGUGAUCUCCUGCGGCUGAGGCGAGGAGGGGGCUGUGCUCCCCCGGGGGUUGGGUUGGGUUGGGUCGGUGGUGGUGGUGAUGUGGAGCGAGACAAUUCACUGCAGCUUUCUCCAGUGACUGCAGGACACUGUGCACCGGGGCAGUGGUGUGCCGGCCCGGCUGCGGCUCCUGGCGGUGUGGUGUCAGGCCUCUUGGCAGCCCAUGGAGAAAAUCACGUCCUGUGUCUGGCGGCAGUGGCACUGAGGAGGACUGCAUGCGUCACCAUAAUCAUUUAUCAAAGGGACCGCAACUUUACAGUGAUCUUUUUUAUUGUGUUAUGAGAUUAAAGACCUCUGUGUAGCUGGUUAUACUGUGAAGUAUACAGUAUGGGCUCUUCUUUAAACACAGUAGAUUAAAAUCAAAACUGCUCCAUGUAGAAUUGAACAAGAACUGGCGUGCAACUGUACGAGGUGUUCAAUACCAGUCCACACAUGUGUUAUUUUUUAGUGGGGGGAGGGAGGGAGACUUGUAAAACCAAGAAAUCGUUUAGCUGGUAAGGCAUUUUAUAUGUUUUAAACUGCACAUUAAUUAAAUCAAUUAGGGAGUUGUAAAAUAGUUUUUAAAAGGAAGCAUUUUACAAGCAAUCAUUUCUUUCCUUGGUGUCUGUUUUUUUGUCUCUCUGUUUUUCCCUACUACAGGGAAGUGGCACUUCCAGCAUCUUUUAUUUGAAGGAGCUUCCAAGAAGGGAAGCAAAGUGGGCUAGCAGGAAUACCUAAAAAUGCAGCCAAAACAAUUCUGCCUACCUGGCUUCUUGUGAAGGAUGGCUUUGCAUGAUAAACAUUGGACAUGCUGUUUUACUUCCAGUCUGGCAGACUUCCUGAUGACCUGGCCUCCAUAGCCGUUAGUGAAGAAAUAGAUCAUGAGAAGUCCUAGGACUUCUGAAAGGAUGUGAUAGCAUAUUGUUCUUAAUUUUCUUUUUCUAGAGCUUGGGUUUUCUUAAAUAUUUGUAGAGAAUUUAGACCUAUUUUGCCUCCCUCUUUCCCAGAAAAUGCAACUGUGCACCUAUGAAUGGUGUGACAGAGGAGUUGCUCUAAGGAAGCUUCACCAUCCCAACUGAUGCAAUCAUCUAGUAAGACACAGUGAUGAAGAGAUAUCUGGGAGGAGAACCCAGACCAACCUAACCUUUUAUGGGUGGGCUACUCCUCCUAAACCGCUGUGGCUGUCCUGGUGUCAGAAUGUCUGGGUGAGCAUAAUGGAGCCUAUUCCCCUAUUUCAGUCUUAUAAAUGUUGAUGUUCAUAAGGACAGAUUUGAAAAAAAAAAAAAGCCACAGGAAGUGUCUCCCUGUGAGUGUCAUGACACCCCAGUGAUUUGCAGUUCGCUUCUUGGGAAGAGGCAAAUUCCUGAAUGUUCACUGUGGUAGCGCCUUGCUUUAAGCAGUCCCACUAGCUUUAGUAGUACUGCUCAUAAGUAAAAUAGAGCUCAGUGUGAAUUUGGGUAUUUGGCAAGUCUAAAUGCUUAAAUUUGUGUGAGGUUUAGGGAUUGGAUCAAGGGGCACAUAACAGACCUUUAAGAAGACACUGUUGAUUUGCACUGCUGCUUUUUGCAAGUACAAAGCAUAACCUUUGAAGUGUGUCCUCUUGUCAUCUACCUACUGCUGUUUCUAAUAUUUAGAGAUUGCUCAAGGCCAUAUUAUAACACAGUUUUGACUAUGCAGUGCCCAAGUUUGCCCCAUAGACGUCCUUGGGUUUCUGGUUAUGUCACAAAAUCUAGUUGCUGGUUCACAAUAAACAUUCUCAGCUAAGACUUCUGUCAGGAACAUACCUCUAACUACAUGCUGGAUUUCUUUCCUUCUCUGUUCCUAAAACACCAUUUGCUUCCUUGAUUCCUGUUAACUGAUGAAUAGAAUAUACGGUGCUUAGUUGUUAUGGUGUGUGUUUGGUCAUGUAUGGAGAGGAACCAUUGUGCUGAUUUUUAUCUACUGUCAUGUGUAUGCAUAGCACAGCAAAAAAAAAAAAUUCUUCAGAUAACACAUUCAAUGCCUUUUUUGUGCAAGGCCCAGUUGCAGUAUGCCUUGAACCUGGCUUGUGAGCAUUGUAAUUACAUGGACACCUCUCUGCAGCAUGUUUCAUUUGGUUGCAGUAGGGAGCAGCAGGUGUUCCUAAAUGUGUCUUGUGAACAUGCAAGUCUCUUGUUGCCAGUAGGUAGCCAGAUUUCUACUGAUAUCCAUGCUACGCUGCUUAUUGUGUAAAGGAAAGCCAGUUCACAAAGAAAUCCUGCCUUUUGUAAGACUCUGGAGGAAGUGACCAGAUACAGGACUCGACCCUCUACUGCCUUACUCUGUCGCAAUUGCUGGGUGUACCAGGAGCACAUGGCAUAGGUGAAAGAUGCUCCCAGAACAGCACUGAUGCAUUUUGCACCGGCUUCUGUGUUUGGUUAUGUGAGUUGUCUGUGAAUGCACAAAAAUGCAAGGCAGUCAAAGAGCAGGUCCUGGCGAUACAGUGGCGGUAACGUUGCCUCCUUCCAGCCAUACCUGCCCGACUGAAGCUCUUGAGGCCGAGGUUUGCAAAGAACGGCUGUCUUGAAAACUGCCCUCUUCAUCCCUAUGUGGAAGGUGCAGAAUGAAAGAGAAAUCAGAAAUUAGGUUAAAAUACCACACUGCAUAACACAUUAUACAACAGGCAGACCUGGAGUUUAUCCGGUAUUAAUGACAUAAGUAUUAUAUUAGCAGAAUACCAUCCUGUACUACGUAACACAGUGCAUUGUUUCGUUAAUACGAACUUCCUGUACUUGUGCCUGCUGAAAUGCAUGUUUGACCUAAUUUCUGAUCCAGACAUUUGCCUGCUUUCAGCCUUGUGUAAGAGCAAUAAGUAAAACCUCAAGAUUUUUGCCUGCGUGUAUGCGCAUGGUGUGUAUGUUCAUUUCUUUUUAUAAAUAGGAGUUCUGGAAAAGUUUUGUUCUGGCUUUAGAAUGUGACUAUCAUUUUAAAUUUUCAGCUGCCAUACAUGUUAGAUCACCUAGCUUUUUUGCUGACUUGUGUAGGAGUGAACUAAAUAGUUUGUUCUAAUGUACAGUAUUAAAAUGUUUCUCAAGUAUGUCAAUAGUCAUACUACUUUAAAAAUGCAGUGCAGUUUGUCCCAUUCCUUGGUUCAAUACCUGGCAUUAAAAAGCGAUACUGCUAUUUUUUUUUUUUAAUUAUUAUUAUUAUCUUUAAAAGACAAGCUUGUCUUUGUAAUUUUUCCUCUGUGGAGAAACUUGUGUCAAAUUUGGACUUGUGUCAAAAUCAUCAGGUUCCAGGUUAAUUUUUGUCCUCUUGUGUCCAGUAAGAAAUCACUGCCCAGUUCCACCAAAAAGAAGGAUGGAAAAUUACUGUGACACAGUACUGUUUGAGAAACCAAAACUAAUUCUAAAAUGUGCACCUGCAUUUUUAGAGCACAUUACUCUGUAUGAAUGUGUAUUUAUUUGCUUGUUUAAUGGGAAGGAUAUGUGUGUUGGGGUCCAGCUUAAGUUUUUUUCCUGGAUGGUCCCAAUAUCCAUUGUUGACUUGUGCUUUGCUGGCAAACAGACUUUAGGGUUCACUCAGUGAAAUUUUGUUUAGUGAAUUUUAAAAAUUCAAAAUAUGCAAUUUUGGUAUGCAGGAUUUUUUUAGGAAAUUGUGUGUUCAGUGAUUGUUCAUGCUUAACCAAGAUGUAAAGGAGCCUGUAUGUUUUGUAAACAUGGAGCAGUCAUGAGUCCAAAGUUUCAUCUUUAUUAAUGAAGCUCAGUCUGAAUAAAACAUUAGCAAGAAAAGAAUGAUAGCAAGUGAAUUAUGGUACCUCUGUUAUUUUGUCAUCAAAUGAAGAGCAUGGAAAGGGAAUUUGGCAGAAUUGCUCCAUAUUUUACGAGGGGGUGGCUGAAAUUUAACACUCAGCGUUUUAAGGCAAAGUAUAAAGUAUGGGUUGUGGUAAAUUGUAAAAGGCCAUUCAUGUUUUAAUUUUGGUGGAAUAUGGAAUUAUAGCUGAUGACUACUGAGCCACACAACUUUUCUUUUUCUGUUUUAAUCAAAUUCCUUAAAAAUUUUAAGUAAACAUUUUGCUUAUGGAA